GGAGGGGCGCUGGGGAAGGGGGAGGGGAUCCCAGUUUGGCCCAGUUUGGCCCCAGUUCCCGGUUUGGCCCCAUUUCCCGGUUUGGCCCUGGCCCAGUUCCCCGGUGUGGCCCCGUCGCAGUUUGGCCCCAGUGCUGAUUUCCCCCUCUCCCAGUUUGGCCCCAGUUGCUGGUGUCACCCUGUCCCAGUUUGGCCCCAGUUCCCAGUUUGGCCCUGGCCCAGUUUGGCCCCAGUUCCCGGUUUGGCCCUGGCCCAGUUCCCCGGUGUGGCCCCCUCCCAGUUUGACCCAGUGCUGAUUUCCCCCUCUCCCAGUUUAGCCCAGUUUGGCCCCAGUUCCUGGUGUCGUCCUGGCCCAGUUUGGCCCCAGUUCCCGGUUUGGCCCUGGCCCAGUUCCCCGGUGUGGCCCCGUCCCAGUUUGGCCCAGUGCUGAUUUCCCCCUCUCCCAGUUUGGCCCCAGUUCCCGGUGUCGUCCUGUCCCAGUUUGGCCCUGUUCCAGUUUGGCCCAGUUUGGCCCCAGUUCAUGGUGUGGCCCCGUCCCAGUUUGGCCCAGUCCCACAGUCCCAGUUUGUCCCAGUUUGACCCUGUCCCAGUUUGGCCCCAGUUCCCAGUUUGGCCCUGUCCCAGUUUGGCCCCAUUCCCCUCUCCCAGUUCAUCCCAGUUUGUCCUAGUCCUGAUUUCCCUCUCUCCCAGUAUGUCCCACUUUGACCCUCUCCCAGUUUGGCCCCAGUUCCCAGUUUGGCCCUGGCCCAGUUUGGCCCAGUUCCCGGUGUCGUCCUGUCCCAGUUUGGCCCUGUUCCAGUUUGGCCCAGUUUGGCCCAGUUUGGCCCCAGUUCAUGGUGUGGCCCCGUCCCAGUUUGGCCCAGUCCCACAGUCCCAGUUUGUCCCAGUUUGACCCUGUCCCAGUUUGGCCCCAGUUCCCGGUGUCACCCUGUCCCAGUUUGGCCCCAUUUCCCAGUUUGGCCCUGGCCCAGUUUGGCCCAGUUCCCAGUUUGACCCUGUCCCAGUCUGGCCCAGUUUGGCCCAGUCCUGAUUUCCCUUUCUCCCAGUUUGUCCCAGUUCCUGGUGUCAUCCUGGCCCAGUUUGGCCCCAGUUCCCAGUUUGACCCUGUCCCAGUUUGGCCCCAGUUCCCCGCGUGACCCCGUCCCAGUUUGGCCCAGUUUGGCCCAGUUUGGCCUCAGUUCCCGGUGUCAUCCUGUCCCAGUUUGGCCCCAGUUCCCCGCGUGAUCCCGUCCCAGUUUGUCCCAGUCUGCCCCCAUUUCCCAGUUUGGCCCCGUCCCAGUUUGUCCCAGUUUGCCCCCAUUUCCCAGUUUGACCCCGUCCCAGUUUGUCCCAGUUCCCCGGUGUCACCCUGUCCCAGUUUGGCCCAGUUCCAGUUGGAUCCUGGCCCAGUUUGACCCAGUCCGGAUGGGCCCCAGUCUGUCCUGUCCCAGUUUGACCCAGUCCCAGGCUCCCAGUUUGGCCCAGUCCAGGUGUCCUCCUCUCCCAGUUUGUCCCAGUUUGUCCCAGUUCUGUUCUCUCCCAGUUUAUCCCAGUUCCCAGUUUGGCCCUGGCCCAGUUCAGCCCAGUUUGGCUCCGUCCCAGUUUGUCCCAGUUCGUCCCAGUUUGACCCUGUCCCAGUUUGGCCCAGUUGGUCCCAGUCCCCAAUUUCCCCCUCUCCCAGUCCCGCUGUCCCCCAGUCCCAGUUGGUCCCAGUUCAUCCCAGUUGGUCCCAGUCUCUGGUUUCCCCCCUCUCCCAGUUCAUCCCAGUUCCUCCCAGUUAAUCUCAGUUCAUCCCAGUUUAUCCCAGUUUGUCCCAGUCCCGCUGUUCCCCUCUCCCAGUUGGUCCCAGUUGGUCCCAGUUGGUUCCAGUUUGUCCCAGUUUGUCCCAGUUGGUCCCUGUUUCUCCCAGUCUCCAGUUUCCCUUUCUACCACUUGGUCCCAGUUCAUCCCAGUUCAUCCCAGUUUGUCCCAGUUCAUCCCAAUUUGUCCCAGUCUCCGGUUUCCCCCUCUCCCAGUUCAUCCCAGUUUAUCCCAGUUCAUCCCAGUUUGUCCCAGUCUCUCCCUGGUUCCGGUUCCCACGGGGAGGGGGCGGGGCCAACUUCCGGUGGGCGGGGCCUGACCCCAAACUGGGACCCCAAACUGGAACUGGGAUCCCAAACUGGGAGCCCAAACUGGGACUGGGAUCCCAAACUGAGACCCCAAACUGGGACCUCAAACUGGGACUGGGACCCCAAACUGGGAAUGCCGACCCCAUACUGGGAACCCAAACUGGGACUGGGAUCCCAAACUGGGACUGGGAUCCCAAACUGGGAACCCAAGCUGGGAUCCCAACCCCAAACUGGGACUGGGACCACAAACUGGGAACCCAAACUGGGAUCCCAACCCCAAACUGGGACCUCAAACUGGGACCCCGAACUGGGACUGGGACCCCAAACUGGGACCCCAAACUGGGAACCCAAACUGGGACUGGGAUCCCAAACUGGGACUGGGACCCCAAACUGGGAAUGCCAACCGCAAACUGGGAACCCAAACUGGGAUCCCAGCCCCAAACUGGGAAUCCAAACUGGGAACCCAAACUGGGACUGGGAUCCCAAACUGGGAACCCAAACUGGGAAUGCUGACCCCCAACUGGGACCCCAAACUGGGACUCCAAACGGGGACUGGGACCCCAAACUGAGAACCCAAACUGGGACUGGGAUCCCAAACUGGGAACCCAAACUGGGAAUGCUGACCCCAAACUGGGACCCCAAACUGGGACCCCAAACUGGGACCGGGACCCCAAACUGGGACCCCAAACUGGGCCCCGCCCUCUUUCCCAAGCCCCGCCCCUUUUCCCAUCAGCCCCCGCGGGGUCCCCGGAGGUCACGGAGCCGCGGGCCGGGGUGGGGGAGGGGCGGGGCGCGCCCCGCUAAUUAACGCCAAUUAACGCCCUCGUUAAUGAGCUCGAGCCGCCGGGGCGGGUUGGGCCCGGUGACGUCAUCGUUGCGAAA